GGGACUUCCUACUGAGUACUGACCCACCAAAAAAUAGAUAAGCUCUGUUUAAUUGCUAUUUGCUCAAACAUCUGAUCUAGUUGUGAAAAAAUCUUCAAAUAUUGUGGUUUUCCCUUCCACGCUUGCAUUGAAUAAUAAGACAACGAUAGCCGUUAGUUUCGAGUUGGAAAAGAUCGUUAGGUUUGUUUUAAAGUGGGAGAAUUAAAUUGUCUCAACAAGCAAUAGGCAAUAGAUGGCGUGGACUCCAUAAUAAAUUGAAGAAAAACCCGCCAUUUUUCAGACUCAGUCUGACUAGAAGCCGACCUCUGUUUUGUUUAGAAUUCAUUUUUGUUGAAAUCGCAGUUGUAGUCUGGCGGUGUUCGGCAAUGUGUUUGUGUUUUGCUUUUCUGUUAUCGUCUCCACUGUAUAUUACGGUUUGAUCUGUAUUCUAUGAGCAUUUUGGGGGAAAGUUAGAGGUACCCACAUGGGUCAAUAUAGCUUAAAAAGCCUGCUUCUGGUUCUGGUUGUUGUUUCAGUUGUUUUUUUGUUUGGUUCCUGAAGGCCAGAAUACCCUGUCGUUUCAGUUGUUUUCGAACUGCUCAAUCUUUACAAGAAAGAACAGGGUAGCUAGAUGGGGUUGAAUUUGGCCGCUUUCUACUUCGAUUGUUUGAUUCAUUUCUUCUCCAUUGCCAAAAUUACGAGUGGUUUUUGUGUUGUCUCGUAUCUGAUCUGAUGUUUCAUCUUUUAUAUCCUGUUGUUUUACAGUUACAGUUAACGAUUUGUUUUUGACUAUUUAUUUCCCUCAUUGUUUUGAUAAUGGGUAUCUUUUCAAAUAAUCAUGUCAUCGUUGAGAUGUUAACAACAGCCGCAGCGAUCUUCUUGUUGUUGGGUACCUGCUCUGCGGCUGACGUUCCAGCUUCGUUCAUCUUUGGGGAUUCUUUGGUUGAUGCAGGAAACAACAACUACAUAUUUUCUCUCUCAAAGGCAAAUUAUAUUCCCAACGGGAUUGAUUUUGGGCACCCAACAGGCCGAUACACCAAUGGGAGAACGAUAGCCGACAUUAUAGGUCAGGAAUUAGGUUUUGAAACUUUUGCUCCUCCUUACCUGGCUCCAACUACUGCUGGUCCCGUGAUUCUGCAGGGAGUCAAUUAUGCAUCUGGUGGAGGUGGAAUUCUGAACCAAACUGGCAAGAUCUUCGUUGGCCGAAUAAACUUGGACGCACAGAUUGAUAACUUCGCCAACACAAGGCACGAUAUAAUCUCGAUGAUGGGCGACCCUGCAGCCUCGAAGCUGUUUAAUGACUCCAUUUUCUCCAUUACAAUCGGCUCAAACGAUUUCAUUAAUAACUACCUGACACCCAUAUUAUCGAUACCAGAACAGAAGCUGGUCCUUCCAGAAACUUUCGUGAGCUCGAUGAUUUCAAAAUACAGGAACCAACUAACAAGACUAUAUCAUUUGGGUGCGAGAAAGAUUAUUGUGGUGAGCGUGGGUCCGAUCGGGUGCAUCCCAUUUCAGAGGGAGCUUCAUCCCUCAGCCGGAGACAGCUGCGCUGCCUUCCCGAAUCAGAUAGCCGGAAUGUUCAACGACAAGCUGAGGUGCCUGGUCACAGAGCUGAGUUCAACGCUCAAGGACUCAAAAUUUGUGUACGCAGACGUUUAUCGAAUCGUUUCAGAAAUCAUUGAGAACUACGAAUCGUUUGGUUUUGAGAACGCUGAUUCCGCAUGCUGCCAUGUCGCCGGACGGUUUGGAGGUUUGGUACCUUGUGGACCCUCUUCUAAGGUUUGUGUGGACAGGUCUAAGUUUAUUUUCUGGGAUGCGUACCAUCCUUCGGAUGCCGCCAACGUUCUCAUAGCAGAACGGUUGAUGAAUGGUGAUCGGAGCGACGUUUCCCCAAUGAAUAUUAGACAACUCGUCCGAGCUUGAUAAUGGACAAGAUUGUAUUGUUUAUGGCUUUUGGGGUGGACCGAAUAAUAAAAAGUAAAAACCCCUUCUUCCUUUUUCUCAUUCUCUUUUGUUUUUUGUUUUGUUAUUCGAAUUCUCCAUUUUUUUUUACUGAAAGAUCAGGAGAUAGAUUUUUCAUGGUUUAAAAA